AUGGAGGAAGCGCGAGUGAACCAGGAUCCCACCUCGGGUCGUGGAGAGGGCGCGGAGGCACUCGAAGCUGCUUCUUCGCCACUCCUCGAAGGCCGCGCGAGGCGGCCAGCUGCCUCCCCGCCAGAGGCCCCAGCAGCUGAGAACCUUCCCGAGGGACCGGCCUCCUCUCCGUCCUCUCGCUCGCCUUCGAGUGCGUCGUCGGCGUCUUCGCUGUCCUCUGCCUCGUCUCCGUCCUCGCGAGCUUCCUCGCCUCACGGCAUGGCGUCGCCGACUUCGCCUCUGGCGGCCUUCUCUCCGCAGCGUCGCAAGAGCAGCUACAGCAGCGCGGAGCGGUUUUCACUGCUGUCCGCCUCCGCGCCCGAGGCGGACGCCUCGCCGUCGGUCUCGAUCAUCUCCGCUUCUUCCUCUCCUUUUCAUGCCGCCGCAGAUCCUCAGCAGCCGCGCCUGCUGCAGGACUCGAGCGCCGCCGCGGCGGGGUCUUCGUCUCCGGUGCUGUCGGCCUCGUCGCUGCUUUCGGGGGUAUCGCACUCGGCGUCCUCCCUCUCGCUCGGGAGUUCUUCACAGCAGCAGUACGACGGCGCCGCCGUCCGCUACCGCCUGCUCCAGCUCAUGGAGGAGUUUUACGGGAUUCAACAGACGCUCGAGUCCGUGAGACAGUUUUACGUCAUUCGUGUGCACGCCUUGGAGGACCGGCUGGCGGCCGAAGUGGAGGCCCGACGGGCUUCGGAACUGCGCGCCGUGUUCGCCUCCGACCGCACGUUGUUCAUCGAAGAGCAGCUUCAGCGGGUGACUGAGAAGCUCCGUGGAGACGUGGAGCGACGCGACGAACUCGUGCACAUCCUCGAGCUGAACCUCGCCUACUUCCAGGAGCAACUGGCGCUCCGCGACCGCCGCCUGGAGACUCUCGAGAAGAUCGAGGCGCAGCAGCGCCAGCAGAUCAAGCUCCUCCGCGAGCGCCAAGCUGAGCGCGAGGCAGACGCGCAGCCACGAGAGACUAAUCCGCUCGCGCAGGAGGGCGGGCCUCCCCCGGGGCGGGUCCCGGCUUCGGCAGCUGAGAACAGAGCCGCCGCGGCAGCCGUAGCCGUAGCACCGGGCGAAGGGCGCCAGGGAGAGGAGAAAGUGGCGGAAGGCGGCCAGCGCGGCGCCGCAGAGCAAUCAGGGAGGUACGCGCGAAGCGAAACGGAGAACGCGGAGAGCGGUGGCGAUGCAGACAAGAGACGGUCGACGGAGGCGCUGGGGAACGCGCGAGACGAGGCGCUCCGGAGCGAGGGAGGGCUGCACCUCGAUAGAGAGCGAGGAGAAGCAGCUGCCUCCUCCUCCACGUCUGCGUGUACGUCAUCGUUUUCCCUCAUUCCUGGCCUCACGUCGUCUCCUUCGUCGCUCGCGCCUCGCGCCGCCAGGGGCGCAGCGCUCUCCGCCUCCUCGUCUGCUGCGCCGUCCGCGUCCGCCGGCAGCGAGGCGGAAGCGCCUCUGCGGCGGGCCUCGUCGACGGCGGUGCGCGAGGUCUCUCAGCCGUCUUCCCCGCUCGCUAGGGCGCGCCGGGCGCCGUCUGUCGCUUCUCCACCGCCUUCGCCGCCGCCCGCCCCCGCAGCGGCGGGCUCCGCGUUGGCGGCGUGUGCGGCGCUCUCCCCCGAGUCCGCGACUGCGAUUUUGGCUCUGCGCGAGCGGCAGCUGGAGCGCGUCGCGGGGCAGCUCGACGCGCUAAACUUUCUCUGCAUGAAGCAAGGCGAGGAGCUGCAGAAGGCGUUGGUCGACUUGGAGCGAGAGCGACGGCGGCGCGAGGCCGCCCAGCGAGAUGCCCACCGCGAGCGGCGAAGGCGCGAGGAGGCGCAGUCGCAGAUGCGACAAAGCGAGAAGUCGCUCCAGUAUCGAGCGACUCUGAGCAGCAGCAGCGUGCCAGUUUCGAUUCCGCUGUUGCCUUCCUCCACCGCGGGCUCAGGGUCUGCGGCUCCGUCGACAGCUGCCUCGGCGUCGGCGGUGGCGCCCACGAGCGCGCCCUCACAGUUUCGCUUUCCGCCGCCAGAGUUUCUCGCGGAUUUGAAGGCCGAAGUGGAGGAGCUGCUUGCCCUGAUGCGUGCACAGGAGCCGCGGAGCGCGUCGCUGGCCGAGUCUGCGAAGCCGAGCGUCUCGAGGCAGAAUGCGGACGCGGAGCUUGGCAGCGCGCCCGACGACGACGUGGGCUGGCCGUCGGGCGCGCUGGCGACCGCAAGAAAGCCGCGCUCGGCAGAGCGGCGCGCGAGGUGCGCGUCGCGCCGCGUGUCGCCUUCCUCGCGCUCGGCGCAGUCCGAGCUGCAGCCAGUUUGCAAAGCGGAGGCAGGCGACGGGAGGAGACUCGAGGCAGCAGAGGAGGAGGGGGGGCAGGGAGGGGCGUGCGGCGGGCAUCAAGGCGUCCGAGCGAGCAGGCAGAAGGAGAGAGCCUGCAGACGCGAGUCGAUGUGGAGCAACAGGCCAGAGGAGGAGCGAGGCGUGGGAGCGCCGCAGAUGUUAAACGAUACAGACGAAAGAGGACGCCAAGAGGUGCCUUCUGCUGCCAGCGAUCCGGCAGCUCCAGGAGACGAUAGCGACUCGUCCUGUGGCGAUAAUACCGACGAUGCUGAGGAGGCACAAAAAGCAAAGCCGAAAUCGUCGGCCGCGGUCUCUAGCUUGGCAGGGAGCUCAGCGGCCAGCGGCGCGGGCCCCUCGUCUUCGCCAUCGACUUCCAGUGCACUUUCGCUCGUUCAGCAGGCGCGCGACUCCGUGAUGAAGGCCUUCUUUCCACUCCAGGCCUCGCUCGGCGCGGAGGAAGGAGCUGACGCGGAUUCAGCUGUGUGUCUGCCGUCAGGCCAGCACAGACGUGAGAAACACACGCGCGGGACCGAGGCCGCAGAAGGGGCGAAAGAGGCUGAGAACUCGGCGCAUGCAGGCUGGGACAAGGCGUUUGCGACGGACGGGCUAGACACUGCUGUCGGGCUCAAACGCCGCAGGCCGGCCGAACGUGAUGAGGUUGUCUGUGACAAAGCAUGCGAGCGUGCUGCGGUGGCAGGAAGCUGCACGCUGCCCCGACGCGGCCACCUGCAGACGGAAACUGGGCGUCUGUGGGUGCGGAGGGAGCGACUCCGCUCCGCCGGCUGUCAGCGACUCGGCCAAGCGCCGCAGAAUCUACCAAGUGUACGAGUCGCGUUACUUGCUCCGCCGCCGACGGGUGCAGGCACGCACUGCGGGAGAGAGACAGGAGGAGUUGUGUGCUGUGCUCAUCCGUCGUCGUCGCCGGCGUUCCGGGAGCAGGCCACAGAAGACGCGGUCGCUAGCUUUCUGCGGCGGGGAUUCCAGUGGUGUGAGAUCCACUGCGGGGCGCAGGCUGUGUUGCUGGCGUUGCGCGACCGGCAAACCGCGCCGCCUACCGGGCCGCAGAGCAAGCCUCCGGGGAGCGUCUGUGCGCCCGCGUUCCAUCGUGGACGUCCACACGACGCAGCAAGCUUCAUUUAUUCCUCUUUGUCUGCGGGGGAUGUCGGCGGUCUCGCUUUGUCUACUUUUGGUCCAGCACGAGGAGGGAGAACAAGUACUCAGAGCGACACAUCGAGAGUGCUGGAGAGACAGGCUCCGGCUGGCGAUUUCAGCGCGUCGGGGCGGAAACCCAGGAAGAAUGAGGAACUAUCGGGUGCUGAAAACCUCGUAUCCGCCUUCUGUGGAACGGAGCGGCAGAGCAUCCGCAAGGGAGGACGUCUCACAAUGGCACUGCAGAGCCCCUUCAUAAGUGUUCAGGUGUUCGCCAGUGGACUGUCAUGUGUACGUACACCCAGUCUCGCGGGGGACUGGGAGCGGGAAGUCACCAUGUCUCAGUCGGCUGUGGCAGCUGUUUGCGAAAUGGAUAUCUGCGCCGGGGUUCUAUAUACGUUCGUUGGGGAAAGUGCAGAGCACGAAAGUGAACUGCUGACAGGACUGGAGGUUGAAGAGGGCGGAGAAGGAGAUUGUGUGUGA